AUGAUUCCAUCACAACAACAAGAACAAACUUCGGGAAAAGAUGAAGAUGAAGAAAUAUUAAAUCUCUUGCCAAAGGAACGCAAAUCAACCAAUAAUCACUCGCAAAAUCAUGAAAUAUUCUCAAUGUGUAAAGUUGGAAAUUUGAAUAGAAUCAAGACUUUGCUGCCGACAAUUCGUGAUCCUAAGAAUUUUAUGGAUAGCCAUGGAAAUUCAAUGUUGUAUUAUGCUUGUUUGUGUGGCCAAUUGAAUGUGGUCAGAUAUUUGAGUGAUUUGGGUCAUCGUGAUGAUAGGUUUGGAAGAUGUUUCCUGAAUGCCUUGUCAUUGGAAGUUAGAAGAAUGUUAAAAUUGUACAAUAAUUACAAAUCUCAUCGAUCAACAGGUGGUGGCUCUGAUGAGGUAGAUCAUGACGAUGAUUUGGAGUACUUGAUGAAGUCGUAUGCCAUGAAGAGUAUUGCGGAACAAGAGACUUCGUUUAAAAAGAGAUUGGAAGAGGAAAGUUCACUUGUUACUUUGGAAUCUUUCCUUCAAGAAACAGAAAAUCCUAAAGAUGACAUUCUAUUGAGAAUGACUUUUAAGGGUAGUAAAUCUGUUGCAGAGUACAAGUGUUCAAAGUGGAUACUCCUUUCAAGGUGGCCUCAAUUAGUAUUGUUUGGAUUGCAACAAAAGGCAGGUCAGAAUAAGAAAAGAACAAGUCUAAUUACAGAAGAGUUAAAGAAAUCAUUAACACACUCUGACAUGGAUUUAUAUCCUUUUAAUUUGACAGCCACAGAGUUGGAUACACUCAGUAAAAAUAAGAACUCAUCAAGAUAUGGAAAAAAGGUACCUCGUUUGAAAAUUGAACAGAAAGAUGUAAAGGAAAAAUUCAAAUAUUCCACAAUUCCAACAACACAAGAGGUGGAUCAAGAAUUGGCAAAGGAAAAAAAUCUAGAGCAAUUUAAUAAGGAAUUUUUCACCAUUAUUGAUUUUGGUCUCGUACCAUUUGAGAGAAGAAUGUUUGAAAUUGUACUUGUAUGGUUGUAUUGUGGAAAGAUGGUUAAUAUGCAGCAAAAGAAUUCCAAAAUCUUUUUCCUUGAAGAGAAUUUUGUCACUUGCAUUAACGAAUUGGCACAAGUUGCUCACUCUCUACGAAUAAGAACUUUGGCAGAGCAUAUCAAGAAUACAUUCCUUAGUUUUGCUCCACAAGGCACUAAAUUCCCUUGCCAAGUUAUAAAAACUAUGGAACAAGAGUUUUUUAAAAUUAUGAAUGAUCAAAUCAAAGAAGAGUUCAAUCCUCUUCCACUUUGUAAAGAUCCUAACAAUGAGAAGGAAUCCUCUUUGAAUUCUCUAAAGAAACUUACCUUCAAUAUGGCUAUCACUUUCAAGUCAGAAAAUCCAACAGAAACAACUCCAAGGUAUCUUUGUAAUAAGCAAUUUUUGAUGGAUAGAAGCAUCUUCUUUGAUGUGAUUGUAAAUUGUGAAUUUUCUGAUGGGCAAGAAUUUAGAAAGCAGGAAGCAAACAAUGAAAUUCCUCUAAUUACCAUUGAGCAAUGCAACAAUCUGGAAAUAUUUGAGCAGGUUGUUCGUUAUCUCUAUUCUGAAUCCAUUCAACCAACAAAGCAGAAUGUCAUUGAUUUGUGGAGUAUUUCUCACUUGUUCAAUCUGCAAAAACUUGCCAGAAUAUGUGAGAACUUUAUUUCAUACAAUGUCUCACAAGAGGAUGCCGAUAUGUAUCAAUUGUACAAACUAGCUCACGUCAUUGGAAGUGCAAAGCUAAAAGCUGAAUGGGAAAGACAAACACUAGUUUAUUUGAAGGAACAAAUCAAGUUGAAAAAACUCGAUAGUGAGAGUAUAUUGACGGAAUUGAAUGAACUUGGAGUUGAUCCAGAAGUGCUUCACAAAUUCAAGAUACAUCUUACAGGUUAUUGA